AUGGUAGUAGCAGAAAUUGUUGAAAAUAAAAUGAAGAAAUCGACAGUAAAAGUCUCAGUAAGUGACUCAGACUUAUCGUCCUGCGAUAGUUCGGAGGAAAAUGAAGAACAAGACAAUGAGCAGGCUCCUGACGCUGAUGUUGAAAGCAGUGACGAAAGUGACGAUAAAUCUAGCGGAGCGAAUGCACUUAUGACCAAUGAAGGCUGGGCAGACUCGGUUGCUAAAAUCCUCGGUUCUACUAAACCAAAACACAAGAAAACUUUGGUAUUGUCUAGAGCGAAAAAGCAUUCAGAAAUCAAGAAAGAAAAAGAAGAAACACCGGCGUUUGAGGUGAUUGGAGAAAAUGAAAAAGUAAAGAAAGAAAUAAAACUUGAAGGGAAAUUUGAUGUAGAACCUCCAACAAAAAAAAUUAAAAAUGAAAAACCAUCAAUUCGGGCAAAACCUAACAUAUUAGAGAAAGACAGGGAAAGAUUAUUAUCAAAAAUAGCUACAAAAGGUGUAGUACAGUUAUUUAAUGCAGUGAGAAAUCAACAAAAAACUUUGGAAAAAGAUAUAGACAAUAGCGAUCUAACUGAAGGUAAAAAAGAAAAGAUACUGAAGAAGUUUGAUAAAAGAACAUUUUUAGAUACUUUGAUGGGCCAAACAAAGUCAAUUGUUGUUGACAAAGAAACUAACAAUGUUAAAGAUGAAGAGAAGGCGCCUAAAUGGAAUGCACUGAGGGAUGACUUCAUGAUGGGUGCUAAAAUGAAAGAUUGGGAUAAAGAGUCAGUUGAUGAAUAA